AUGGCUCUCGAUAUUCUCAAGACUGUACAGGUCCCUUCGCUCGAUCAUCCAUUUGGCAUUCCGUUAUGGCCUAUCUUUGACAAAGCCUACACAGCCACGCUGGGCUACCCCGCCGAGCAGUUCGAUUUCGUGCGCGGGGAGACCCCGUUCUCGACUUUCAAAGAGACGGCGAUUGCCCUGAUCGGAUACUAUGUGGUCAUCUUCGGCGGACGAGAGUUGAUGAAACACCGCAGCCCAUUUGUACUCAAGGGGCCCUUCAUUGUCCACAAUUUCAUCUUGACCAUUGUCAGUGGUGUUCUCCUGGCGCUCUUCACUGAGCAGCUGCUGCCCACUCUUGUUCGAAAAGGCGUCUUCUACGCCAUCUGCGAUGUCAACGGUGGCUGGACCAAGGAAUUGGUGUUGCUGUACUAUAUGACAUAUCUCACCAAGUAUCUCGAACUGGUGGACACUGUGUUCCUGGUUCUGAAGAAGAAGCCUCUUACCUUCCUUCACACCUACCAUCACGGCGCGACGGCUCUUCUCGUCUAUACUCAAUUGAUCGGCCACACUGCGGUAUCAUGGGUUCCAAUAACAUUGAACCUGCUUGUCCAUGUGGUCAUGUACUGGUACUACUUCCAAGCCGCACGCGGUGUGCGCAUUUGGUGGAAGAAAUACAUUACGAUUCUCCAGAUCGUUCAGUUCGUCAUCGACCUGGGCUUUGUCUACUUUGCCUCUUACACCUACUUCGCCUACCGGUAUUUCCCUUGGGCGCCAAAUGCUGGCACUUGCACCGGAGAAGAGUUUGCCGCCUUCGCUGGCAUGGGCAUCCUCAGCUCUUACCUUCUUCUCUUCAUCUCCUUCUACUUCGCUACGUAUAGGAAACAAUCGGUCUCGGGACGUCCUAGGAGGAACACUGGAAAGGAGGCUCUGAUUGCGAUGAAGGAUCUCCCUCUUCCCGACCCACACAAGCUCCCAUCUACAUCCAAAGACGAAGAGAGUGUCGCCAUGGCCACCGGGCGAGCCAAUGGACCCGUGACACGAUCGCGAAAGGCUUAG